AUGGGAGAACUGAAGCUCAACAGCUCCAAGGGGGUCUAUGAGUAUAACACGAAACUAGGGCAACAAGACAAGUGUGGGCGAACGGGGUCUCCGUACUGUUUAGGUAAGUAUGGAGGCCAAGGAGGUGCUCUACCCGGAUUUCUGGGAGGACUCGCCAGACAGGUGGAAAAGCUACAAAGCAACGACGCCUGGGGCGAAAUCUCAGGUGCACAACACGACGUAGUGAAAGAAAUGAAGCAUAGAACAGAAAACAAGUUCAAGUGGAAAGGAAUCAUAGGGUGUGUGAUGGAACAUGCCAUGAGCUUGAAACAGAUAACGGCAAGUAUCGGAGGGAAAAGCGUAGUGUUAUGGGACCAAGGAAACUGGAACAAAGUACUAAGGGGCCACACACAAGAGAACUGGGGGAACAGUGCUCUCGGUCAGGCCAUGUUGACGGCUGUGGUAUGUACCAUGAGGGCAUUAUAUGGUCAGGAAAAGGGGCAGGAAGCACUCUCUGCCGACGUCAAGGACCUGUGUAGCGGUCUCUGGGAAGAGUUAGCAGUGGAGUUGGAUCCGCCAAACAGACAAACAGAGACAGCUCCCGUAAAGACGUUAGGGGAAUUCUUGAAGCUGAUAAGAGGGGACCAGGCUGGGGAAAAAUCGAAGUUCGCCAGAGUGGGAUUUCUUUUAAGCGUAUAUUAUGGAAUGAGAGAGUGUUGUGAAUAUAGCAAGAAGUAUAGUUUCACAGGGUUACUAAGAAAAGAUAACUAUGAUCUGAAACAACUCUCCACGUGUUUCAUGGACGAGGACCAACUAAAAUGUGAAAGCGGAGGAACACACCAAAAAGGAACAGGAUUGAAUCUAUGGCAUAACAGUCACCAAAUCAUGAUCACCAGAGAGAAGAGGGUGACAAAGGGCCCUCUUCACGUCAGGAAUCCAACAACAGGAGAGACCAUUCCCCCAUCUCAAAGCAGCUAUAGGGAGGAAAAGAAGAAAAAUACGGAAUCGGGCGAGCCAAUAGGGAAGAGGACAGGCGUGCUGGAGGAGGGAACAGCCAAAGGCAAGGGACGGGACAGAGCGUCCCCUGAGGGACCAAUUGCAACAACAACAGCCUCCGGGGAAAGGGAAACAGCCGGACCAGGAAGCCACAGGAGUCCAGGAGAGAAAGGCCCGAAGGGCAGCGGCGAACCGGGGCCCGCAGGAGUGUCACCCCCUCCCAAUCAGGCACAGACAACAAUAAGCGAAUUCCAGUCAGGGGACACAUCAAUAGGAGCAGGGGAGCCAACGCCCCCCUCAGCAGCUUCGGAAGCCACUCAGGUUCAGAAGCCAAGGAAAGAAGAAGAAACAACGGGUCGACCAAGGGAUGACAUGGCAGAGCUAAAAGAAGUUCCGGGUAAUGGGCCAACCGAAGCAGAGAAUGUAGGCAAUAACUUAGUCCCACAAGUGAUAGGAGGAAUACUGGGCAUAGUUUUGGCAUUAGCGUCUGCAUAUGCGUCUUAUAGGAUAUAUUUCAGGAGGGGAUCCCGGAAAAGAAUUUCUCAAACGGAAACGGGGAAAGUCGCAAGGAUAACCUACGGAAUAUCAAAUCCUGCAAAUAUGAUCCGAAGUGUAAGGGGAUAUAUAGCAGUCCCUCCGGAAAAAUUCGAGUUAAAGAAAUUCAAGAGAAGUAGCACGAUGGGUGAGAGGAGCCAGUCAAUAGAGGGCUCCCCUGACCAGGACGACCCCAAAGGAUCUAGACAACUCAGAACCCAAGAUAUAACAGAAACAACCAUACAAAAGGAGCCCCCUGACAAGUGA